AUGUCAAGAGUCCCCAUUACACAACAUAUUUCUGGCGUGAACGCAGAAUCCGGUGGAAAAGUGUUUGCAGGAUAUGUGGACAAUAGUAACAACAGCGAAUACCAUGGUGGGACGCACUACCACCAGCACCCAGACCAACCAGAACCUCGCCCGGAACCACUGUGGACGGUGCCAUUCCAGCAUGAUCCCGACUUUGUCAGCCGCAAUGAACUCCUCGCUCAAAUCCACAAAACAUCCUCGAUCCCGGGAUCUAGAAUAGUUAUCUUUGGCAUAGGAGGGGUUGGUAAAUCUCGACUCGUCAUCGAAUACUGCCACCAAAUCCGACAGGAAUCGCCUGACACCUGGGUUUUCUGGGUUCACGCGAGUAAUGCUGCGCGCUGCGAGGAAAGUCUGCGCAACCUUGCCGACCGUGCUAAGAUUCCCGGGCGUCAGGAUCGCAACUCUAAUAUUUUCCAACUCUUCGGGAACUGGUUGCAAGAUGGCAAGAUCGGAAAAUGGAUUCUGGUCCUGGAUAAUGUCGAUGAUCAUGAGCUCCUUCGCAAACCAUUGACUACUCGGACAGAGGCCCAAGCAGAACCCCCGAGGUAUGCCCCAACGCAGCCACCGCUAAGGUACCUUUUCGCAAGCUCGAAUGGUUCCAUCAUCGUCACAAGCCGGAAUAAAGGGGUAGCUCUAGAGCUCGCCGGCCAUGAGAAACAUCUGAUCGAUAUACAACCUAUGAAUGCAGCCGAGGCGCUGGUUCUAAUGCGGAAGAAGCUAGAUGAUUUUGCAGAGACUGAGGAAUUGGUUCGGCUAGUCAAGGAACUCGAAUUCAUGCCACUCGCGAUUGUGCAAGCCGCUAGCUACAUCACCCACCGUGCACCCCAAUGCUCGGUAUUGCAAUACCUAGAAAAGCUUCAGCAGGGUGAUCGGCAAGCCGCAAGACUUCUUAAUCACGAGGGAAAAUACAUCGAUCGAGACUGGGAGGCAAAAAACUCGAUCCUACUGACUUGGCAAAUUUCGUUCGACCAUAUUCGACGGAUCAGGCAGUCUGCCGCUGAUUUGCUGUCUCUGAUGAGCUUUUUCGACCGGCAGGGAAUCCCAGAGGGUCUUCUACGGGUGCAAGACAAAACCCAUAAUCCUUUAAGUUCUCCGCAAGACAUUGGGAACAGAUCAAGUGAUGAGGAUACGGAUCACUCGUCUGAACCUGACGUAGAUGACGAUUUUGAGAGCGAUAUUGUGAUUCUCAAAGACUAUUCUUUUAUCACUUCAGAUAAAGAUAGUAUGGUGUUCACAAUGCAUCGGCUUGUGCAGCUAGCAGUACACAUAUGGUUGAAAAACUAUGGUCAGGAGGAGGAGUGGAAGGAACGUUUCAUCAAGAAUCUAUGUGGUGAAUUCCCGAUCGGUCAAUAUGAAAAUUGGGAGAGAUGCCGGCCACUGUUUCCACAUGUUAGGUCAGCUGUGGCACAUCGACCGAAAUCGCAAGACUCACUCCGGAACUGGGCUACGCUACUCUAUAAAGGGGCGUGGUAUGCGAUAGAAUGUGGCAGUAUUUCGGUUGCAGAGGAUAUGGCAGCUAUGUCAAGGAAGCAAAGAAUGAAGAUUGGCGGCGCCGAAGAUAUAGACACCCUUGUGAGCACUACGAUAUUAGGAAUAGUCUACGGACGAGAGGGGCGGUGGAAAGAGGCAGAGCAGCUCCAGCUGCAGGUCAUGGAGACUCGCAAGAUAAAACUCGGCGUGGACCAUCCUAACACGCUAACGAGUAUGGCCAACCUGGCGUCGACGUUAUGGAACCAAGGCCGAUGGGAGGAGGCGGAGCAGCUCCAGCUACAGGUCAUGGAGACCCGUAAGAUAAUACUCGGCGCGGACUAUCCCGAUACGCUGGUGAGUAUGAAUAACCUGGCGUCGACAUAUAGGAGCCAGGGCCGAUGGGAGGAGGCAGAGCAGCUCCAGCUACAGGUUACGGAGAUAAGUAAGACAAAACUCGGCGCGGACCAUCCCGAUACGCUACUGAGUAUGGCCAACCUAGCGUCGACAUUAUGGAGCCAGGGCCGAUGGGAGAAGGCGGAGCAGCUUGAGCUACAGGUCAUGGAGACCCGUAAGAUGAUACUCGGCGCGGACUAUCCCGAUACGCUGGUGAGUAUGAAUAACCUGGCGUCGAUAUAUAGGAGCCAGGGCCGAUGGGAGGAGGCAGAGCAGCUCCAGCUACAGGUUACGGAGAUAAGCAAGACGAAACUCGGCGCAGACCAUCCCAAUACUCUGACGGGUAUAGCCAACCUGGCGUCAAUAUAUAGGAGCCAGGGCCGAUGGGAGAAGGCGGAGCAGCUCCAGCUGCAGGUUAUGGAGACUCGCAAGACGAAACUCGGCGCGGACCAUCCCAACACGUUGAUGGGCAUGGCUAACCUAGCCUUCACGUGGAAUUCUACAGGCCAGCAUACUAAAGCAAUCGAUUUGCUUCGAACCUGCGUGCUCAAGGAACAACGAGUUUUAGGCCCAUCUCAUCCUUAUACUAUAUUCCAUGACAAUACGCUGCUGGGAUGGGAAACUGCGCAUCUUGCUAUGAAGGCAUGA